CGCAUUCGGCUCAACACUUUCAGUUAUAUAUGCACGCCUUCCUAGCGAGGUUCUCACACCGCACGAAUCUUUCAAACGGGACGCAUAUAUAGCAGCGACAAAGAAUACAAAAGCAUGGUUAUCAAUUUUGCUGCCGGUCCAGCCAAGUUACCCGAAGAGGUACUGCGGGAUGUACAGAAGAAUCUGCUUGACUGCAAUGGCAGCGGCAUUUCGGUUAUGGAAAUGUCACAUCGUUCCAGCAACUAUGCCAAGAUUCAGGAGACGGCCAUUGCCGAUUUACGUGCUCUCCUCAAUAUUCCAAGCAACUAUAAAGUGCUCUUGAUGCAAGGUGGGGGUACGGGACAAUUUGCAGCUGUUGCCUUCAAUCUGAUUGGGCGCUCGGGUAGCGCAGAUUACGUUAUUACUGGCUCAUGGUCCUCGAAAGCAGCCAAGGAGGCAGCCCAAUACGGUAAAGUGAACGCCGUACUGCCAAAGGUAUCGAAAUAUGUCGAGGUGCCCAGACAGAGCACGUGGCAAACGGACCCAAAAGCCUCAUACAUUUAUUACUGCGACAAUGAGACUGUAGAAGGUGUGGAGUUUGACUUUGUGCCCGUGCCCCCGACUGGUGUGCCUCUAGUGUGCGAUAUGUCCUCCAACUUUCUGUCCCGGCCUAUUGAUGUGACCAAGUUCGGUGUCAUUUUUGCGGGUGCUCAAAAGAAUAUUGGACCUGCUGGCACCACCGUCAUCAUAGUACGCGACGACCUUAUUGGCCAGCAUCUGAAGACAACACCGUCCAUAUUGAACUUUGAGCUGAUGGAUAAAAACAGCUCAUUGCUAAAUACGCCACCCACUUUUGGAAUUUAUGUCAUGGGCUUGGUUUUUCAAUGGAUUAAGCGCAAUGGCGGCAUUGAAGGCAUGGCCGAACGUUCACGCGCCAAAUCGCAACUCAUCUAUAACAUAAUCGAUCAAUCCAAUGGUUUCUAUUACUGUCCUGUGGAACGCAAUGUGCGUUCGCGCAUGAAUGUGCCCUUCCGCAUUGGCAGCGCAACCGGCAACGAUGCGCUGGAGAAGGAGUUUUUGGCCAAGGCCGAGGCCGAGGGCAUGAUACAGUUAAAGGGCCAUCGUUCGGUGGGCGGCAUACGAGCUUCCCUCUACAACGCCAUCACCUUGCCGGAGACGCAACAGCUUGCCAAGUUAAUGCUUGCGUUUUAUGAAAACAAUAAAAACUAACUACACUCAAAGUGUCAGCUAAAAUUAUAA